AUGCGACGGGAUGAUACAGGCAGAUGUGUAGCAAGGCUGCCAUUCAAGGAAGAGAAUCAGUUAGGCGAUUCGUACGCGAGCGCGUUGCGAGGAUUUCAUGCGUUGCGAGGAUUUCACGCGUUAAAGCGGUUAUUGUCGGGCGAGCCGGAAAUUAGAAAUGAAUACAUUAAAUUCUUAUCCGAAUAUGAAGAACUAGGUCACAUGACAAGGAUAGAAGGGGGACCCCACGAAGAUACAUUCUAUUUAUCGCAUCAUGCUGUAUUAAAGCAUACUAGUCUUACGACCAAAUUGCGAGUAGUGUUCGACGCGUCGGCAAAAACCAGCAACGGGAAAUCUUUGAAUAAAGUAUUAAUGGUUGGUCCGACCAUACAGGAGGAUCUGUUUACACUUUUAGUAAGAUUUAGAUCACGCGCUAUCGCUAUUACCGCGGACAUCGCGAAGAUGUAUCGGCAGAUAAUAAUGRAYCCGCGCGAUCGCAAAUACCAAACUAUACUUUGGCGUCGACAGGAAAAUGAGUCCGUGAAAGCAUAUAGAUUAAAUACAGUAACUUAUGGAACCGCCUCCGCGUCGUUCUUAGCAACGCGUUCUUACCAACUCGCGAGCGACGAAAUUCACCGAUUCCCGAGAGCCUUAAAGAGGAUUUCUAUGUAG